UUGACGCCUGCGGUUGCGGCGGUCACUACCGGGCCGUUGGGGAGGGGCCAGUGGGGGAGUGAGACGGAGCAGUGACAGGACCGCCGAGCGUGCUGCUGAGGCGACGAUGGCGGAGGGGCCGGAGAAAGCUCGAGGCCGCCCUCCCGGGCAGGACGACGGCGGAGGGGACCACGAGCCCGUUCCUUCGCGAAGAGGCCUUCCCGCCGCCGCCCCACGGCCCCGGGACGGGCCGCAGGCCGAACCCCAGGCUCCGGGCCGGCCCCCAGCCCCGGGCCUCGCUCCCCCCGCGGCCGCCGCCGAGGAGUCGGAGCCGCCGCGCGAGCCCGAGAAUGGCAGGGAGGCGGGCUCCGGCUCUGGCUCCGGCCCCGGAGCGGGCCUGCAGGCGCCGGUAGGCUGCGAGGCGCCCGAGGCGGCGGCGCCGCGGGAGAAGCCGGCGCGGCUGAGCGCCCGGGAGUACUCCCGGCAGGUGCACGAGUGGCUGUGGCAGUCCUACUGCGGCUACCUCACCUGGCACAGCGGCCUGGCCGCCUUCCCCGCCUACUGCAGCCCCCAGCCGCCCGCACCCAGCUACCUCGCGGGCGCCGGCGCCGCCGCUGCCCCGGCCGCCGGGCCGCCGCCCCUGCAGCUGGGCUAUUACAACCCCUUCUACUUCCUGAGCGCCGCAGCCGCCGGGCCCGAGCCUCCGGCCUCCGCCGGCCUCACCGCCUCGGCUCCGGUCGCCAGCCCGGGAGCCCGCGCGCCUCACGUGCAGCCGCCGGCCCGGGCAGCCCCAGCGACGAGGGUAGGACCCGCCGCCGCCUCGCGAGCCCCGAGCGAGACCGGGCGGCAGGCAGGUAGAGAGUAUGUUAUUCCAUCCUUGGCCCACAGAUUCAUGGCAGAGAUGGUGGAUUUCUUUAUUCUCUUCUUUAUAAAAGCAACCAUUGUCUUAAGCAUUAUGCACCUCAGUGGAAUAAAGGAUAUCUCUAAGUUUGCUAUGCAUUAUAUAAUAGAAGAAAUAGAUGAAGACACAUCAAUGGAAGACUUGCAGAAAAUGAUGGUUGUGGCGCUUAUAUACAGAUUAUUAGUUUGUUUCUAUGAGAUAAUUUGCAUUUGGGGAGCAGGUGGUGCGACCCCAGGGAAGUUCCUGCUAGGGCUUCGAGUUGUGACAUGUGAUACGUCAGUGCUUAUUGCACCAAGUCGGGUUUUAGUGAUUCCUUCCUCAAAUGUUAGCAUUACAACGUCCACUAUACGAGCUUUGAUCAAGAAUUUUUCUAUUGCUUCUUUUUUCCCUGCUUUCAUCACACUGCUGUUUUUUCAGCAUAAUCGAACAGCCUAUGACAUUGUAGCAGGGACCAUUGUGGUAAAAAGAAAUGGGGUCAGAUGAUGCCCCAAAAAGCCCUGAAUUCCAUACUCUCUGGAAUAAUGACAAGACUAAAUUAUAUAUCAAGGCCAUCAGUAUCCCUGGGUUACAUUAACUGAUGAUUUAGAAAUUAAAGCAGUUGCUCCAGUGUGAUGCAGGUGACUAUGCUGAAAGUAUUGAUUUUACUUGAAUGUCAAAGAACUUCUCCAGAAGAAAAACCUGUUAAGUUCAAGUGUUAAAAUUUUUAGAUUGACCCGAAGGCAAGUGGUGUCAUAAUCAACAAUGGACAGUAUAUACAUAAGAUCUAAGGUAUUUAUUAGAACUUGCUGAGAGCAUUUUCAGCUUUGAAAUCUCCAAACGAAACUUUAACAACCUAUUCUGGUUUAUCCCAAAUGAUGGAAAACGUCCAGCUGUGUUUUGUGCACACACUCACCCUUUAGUAACACUUCCUGAGGCAAUUUUUGUCUUUGCUUUUUGGGGGGAGGGAGUGGGGACAAACAUUUGAUAAGCCACUUAGCGCCCAUCCCAGGAGCGGGUGAGUGAGUUAGCUGCAAGAGAGAGGGGAAAGUGAGGCCGGCGAGCAGUUCCCUGACUUGAAAUUUUAAAAUCUGUACUGCAGUUUACUGCAGGAAUGAUGUAACUUUAUAACUAUGCUUAAUGCCUAAACAUGUAUUUGGGGGCAGAUUUUGCAUGACGAUGAAAAAGUAUUAAGUCAUAUUGCUAUCUUAUCCUUGUUUUUUUUUUUUUUUUAAAGAAAAAGGUAAGUUAGUGAUUGCUUUUA